UUACGAUUCAUGGGAAGAAGGUAUGAGACGAAGAAGAGGUUCGUGAGCCCCAUUUUGUUGAGAUGAUCGACGCAUGCCCCUGAGUGUCGUUGUCUUUCCUAAGAAGAUGGGACGAAAAUAAGAUCGAGGGAUGCGUGGAUUCACCAAAUUGAUGGACUUGAAGCCACAAAUGCCCAAAGGGUAUUCCUCGGGGUUUUCAUCAAGUCCCCACUUCUUUCUGGGAUUGUUGACCAAUCACACGCCAGCCAAGAUACGCUAAAAUGCGCUAAAAGAUUUUGCAGUUCCUUCAAAAGCUCCCGAGCCUCGAUAUUUGCACCUUCUCCAACCAAUUUUCAAGCAUGAUCGCCAGCUGAACAACCUGAACAUUCUCUCCCUCUGCGGCGGGAUGAGGCUCCUCUUCAUCAGACACGGCGAGACCGUCGACAACGUUGCAGCUCUCUAGUAUGUUUACGCAAUCGCCUUCGCGCAACCCCGCCACUCCUAGCUUGUGCUUGUGCUAACCAUAGCAGUGCUGGCGUAAGAGACUCUGCCCUUACCAAUCAUGGCAUCCUUCAAGCUAAACGACUCGGAUCACAUUUGGUUGCAACUGGUGUAAAGGUUUCCCAUAUCUUCUCGUCAGAUUUGCAGCGUGCAGUCGUAACCGCUGAAGCAAUUCGUGCGGUUCAAGUUCCUCCACCGAAGACAACCCAACUUGCAAUAUUGCGUGAACAAGAUUUUGGAAACUACGAGGGCAGGCCAUACUCUGAGCUCCGGAUGAAUCAGAAUGCGAACUCCGAAGUCCGCAACAUCCCUGGUUUCAAGGACGUCGAGUCAAAACCAGCAAUGCAGGCACGGAUGGAAAGCUUCAUUGAUCUUCAUCUUGCUGGCUUAAUUGCAGAGGGUAUUCCAGGACUUACAGUGGUAGUAGUGGCACAUGGGAUCAUCCUCAGUCAUCUAUGGAGAUGUCUGCUGAAUCGUUUCCACUCAUCUGAUGUUGUUGUUUCUCCUAAUGCACUAUUCGAGGAUCGAGGAUUAGGUCUCCAACGUCUAGGUCGAUGGUCGAAUACUGGGGUUUUAGACCUCCAAGUUAAGCGCAAAGCUGUCCCUAUCGAGCCAGAAGAACCUCGACCAAUGGCAGAGGAUACUUUGACAGAAGGAUUGCAAGUUGCACCGACUGUUGUGCCUGCUUUUUCACCUCCAACUCAACCUACUUUAGUUUCUACAGUGCCCUCUCCUACUACAAGGGCUUUCUUCACUAGUUUGUCACUCUCUGUAAUAGCAAUCAACAAUCAGGAUCACCUUCAAGGUCUCAAAAAGACUCGAGGCGGCAUUGGGAGUUUGAAGCAUGAUUCGAGCCAAAGGACAAUGGACUCGUUCAUCAGGAAGAAGCCGAGGGUGGAAUAGACCUGACCACAUAUUGUGGUACAGGUCGACUCUCGAUCAAGUAAGUUUGAGCAAUCUUUCAUUUUCUCAAUAUCCUGUGAUAUGAUUCGAACCCUUAUUCACAGACCUGUUCGGAGCUUCCGCAAUGAGGACUCACAAAGUACCAACUGCUGUAUGAUCACAAUUUAUACAAUGUCUUAAUAUCAUGCAUUUGAUUGAUUGAAUCAUUGCUAACAAAUUGUCUUCAGGUCUCUAUUUUCAUAGUUCAUCAACAGCCCUUUUCGUGGAGCUCUACACGGUAGGAAAUCGGGGUGUUUCUCUCAAUAAUGCUUGCGCCCGUAGU